CGAGAGUGGCAGAGAAGUCAGUUUACUGCAAUCGUUCCAUAAUGUUGAUAUACACCCUGGUGCUGGUGCACAUCCUUCUUGCCAUUUUCCAUGGCGCCCUAGCCGAGAAAAUGAUGCGGCCCAAGUUCAAGGACAUCAAGAUGUGGAGCGACGAGAAGUUCGUCAGCCACAAGGUGGUCUACGACAGCAGCGACCCGCAUCUAAACUUCUCCAUGGAGGUGCACCAGGAGCUGCACGACGUGGACAUUCACCUGGAGGUGCGCAUCACCAACAAGCUGGACCCGCUCUACACCACCACUCUGAAUACCACCCUGAACGUGUGCCGCAUCCUGGGCUUCGCCAACAAAUCGCCAGUGGGUCGCUUCGUCCACGGAUUCAUCCGCGAGUUCGGAAACAUCGUCGAAACCUGCCCCAUCGCUAAGGGCUCCUACUUCAUCAACAAGUUCUGGUGGCCCGAGGACCCAACCACCGCCAUGCUGCCCGAGCUGGAGUUCGAAAUCAUCUGGCAGGCCAUGCACCUGGACGCCAGCAAGAAGCGCACGCUGAUCAUGAACGACCACUUCGGAGGAGAGUUCGUCGUCCAGGACGUGAACAACGUCAGGCCCGGCAUCUUCGCAAUGCUACCCAAGAUCGCCUAAAGAACCGCUGGGCUCGUUUCUGCCCCGGGAUGAGCCACCCAGUUCCGUCGCGUGUCCCAAUGGUAUUUACUUAAUGUUAUUCAGUGUCACUUUGUGUUACCCAGAAAGCAAGCAAAUAAA